AAGAGUAUUUGAUACAUAAGCAAAUAAUUAUAAUAAGGUCUGUAUUUUAAGCGCAUUAAUAAACUCAAUAUGUCCAGCGAGUAUUCGUUAGAUAAAAUCACAAAUUCAGUUGUGGAAGUGAUUUUUGAGAAACAGCUGUCUUCCUCGGAGGAACCCCCGAUAGACGAAUGGUCCUCACUUGAUUAUGAAGUUCCCGAUGAAAAUAUAAAGCGACAGAAGCAAGCUGAAGGACUUUACGAUCCGGGAAGUGGUGAAAUAUGCACUAAAUAUAUUCCUCUCUCGGCCAGCUCUGUGCUCCGUCACGUCUAUUACAACUAUCCUGGGAUCAGGGACCCAGGAAUUGAGGAUGCUCUUCUGAAACCUGAAUAUAAAUUACAAUAUCCUUCAGAUGGAUGCGACCUGUACUUGGAUCUAUGUAAAGAAAUUGAUGUUUGUCCCGUGAGGGCAUUUCAUCGGGGAUUGUUGCAAGAGAAAAUAGAUUUAAGAUACUAUGGUAUAAAUCCGAAAGGUUUCCGACCUAUGGCGAAAGCUUUGAAAACGAAUUCGUUUGUAAAAAUUUUAGACUUAACUGAUAAUUGGAUAAGUAAUGAUGGCUGUUUCCAUUUGGGUGAGAUGCUAUUGGAUAAUGUUACGUUAACAGAAAUAAAUUUAGCCGGUUGUAGAAUGGGUGUUAAGGGAGCUAAGAUGCUUUUGAAUAAUAUUCAUUUAAAUCGUACGCUUAGGAGUCUAAAUUUGUCCAAAAAUGAGCUUGGGGAUCAAGGUGUUGAAUUAUUAGCUAACGUUUUUUUGAAAGGUUUUGAUCUUAGAAAGUUGAACCUUAGUUUCAAUAAAAUAACAGGAAGAAGCUUCUUAGUUUUAUCUGAAGCGUUUGAAGCUAAUAACAAACUAACUCAUUUAGACUUGUCUUGGAAUAUCAUAUCGUCUUCUCCGAAGGAAUUUUUUGUUCUUUGUACCCUAUUAUCGGUUAAUCUGUCAUUAGAAGAAUUAAAUUUGUCUUGGAACAGUUUGAACGGUGAUCAUAUGGGCAAUGCCAUAAAGAUAUUGUUAGCAAACCCAAAAGUUCGCCUGUUAAACUUGAGUAAUAAUAAAUUGGCAGGAAAAGCCGUUAAGGAUAUUGGAAUGAAUUUACGUAAGGCUAAAAAACUUGAAACAUUAGAUUUAUCUUAUAAUCCGCUAUCGCGAGAUGAUGCAAUAAAGUUGUUGGAACGUUUACAAGAACGCAGAGUGAAACUAAAGAGACUUUUACUUGAUAACGUAAUUGUAAAUGAAUUCUUCAUGACACUUCGGGAAGAGAUACUUUCUUGCGAUUUUCGAAGCGACACUGUAAUCACUUAUGGUAGCGUUGAUAAGAUAUUUGUAUGUCAUCCCAAAGACAUGAGAGAAAUAAUCUUUGACAGAUGUGAAGCGAUUUGCAAGUCGAAGAAAAAGUCAAUUGAUAUAGCUUUACUUAUUCAAGAAUUGUACAGGGAUGAUCCAUCGCCCAUUGGUACUAGAUUUUUCACAAGAAUAGUGAGGGAUAGAGGCGCGCAAUUAGAUGACGAUUUGAUUGAACAAUUGGCUAAUUGGUUUCCUGGACCAAAAUCUCAGAAAAUGAAAUUGAUAAAUCUAGCUGCGAUAGUAGAUUAUCUCAAACGCAAGUGGCCAGACCGAAAACUACCUCCGACGCCCCCACCAGAGCCAGAACCUGUACCGGAUUUGAAGAAAAAUAAGAAAGGUGUUAAAAAUAAGAAAACUACUAAAAAUAAGAAAAAGUGAUUAAUUUAUUUUUAUAUAUUUAUUUUUUUAUAAGCUAUAACAAGACUUAGGUGGCCUCUUAUAGGAAGAACAUGUAAGAGAUUUGUUUCCUAAGAUUAGGUACUGUAUGUUAGUAAUAUCAUAAAAUGCUGUAGCCUUAUUAUUAAAUGAGUAGUUAACUAUCUAUCUAUCUGUCUAGGUAUCUGUGAUUAAGUUUUAUUUUGUACAUGCAUCCCUGACGGCCAAACAUAUCAGACAUCAAGGAUAUGCAU